GCGGAGUUUGGCAUGAAACUUGUCGGUGGCUGUCGAAUGCCAGUGCACGGGUCAAGUCCAUGCUGCUCGCUGCCAGACGGGUUUCUGCAUUUCGCCGAAGGGCUUUGUUUAGACAGACACGCAGUGCAGGGACAUCCAGCGAUAGGUUCGUGUACAUUGCCAGGGAGAGGCUUGAGGAACUGCUUGAUGCAGAAGUGGGCUACUUGAGCAAAGUCCCUAUACAUCCCUUUACUUUGCAAGAAGUUCUGGGUCUAGGGUCUGCUGAGAGUUUGGCUGCCUGCAUUUUAAACGACGUCCCGAAACGUUUCGCAGUACGAAUCCGAAUGAUUGAAAGCUUAGGAGGAUGGGACCACAUUGAGGAGCUCAACAAGCUCCAUUCCAGGAUGAAAACAUGGUAUCGGCGAUUGCGGCUUAUUGAUCCUCAGAACGUGGAUCUGCAGCACCUAACAGAGACGACUCGGGCGAUCCGUCAAGAAGGGAGUUCGACUGUCGGACUUGUUGCUUUGGGAAUUUACAAACUACAACGAGCCAAUGGCCAGUACACCGACGACGAUCUCAACCAUUUCCUUGAUGGUUUCUUGCUUUCCCGCAUAGGGAGCAACAUGCUCCUGGACCAGUACUAUGCCCGAGCACCCAAAGAAGCAGGUGGCUUGGCAAGGAAGACGGGAAUCAUUUCCCCGCGCUGUGAUGCAGUUGCCCUGUGCAAGCAAGCUGCCGCGUAUGCAUCGCGCAUUUGCCAGUUACACACUGGUCAGCUUCCCGUUGUCCUCUAUGACAACUACGAGGCUGGAAAAGGAGCUUGCCUACCAGACUCACCAUGCUACUUCAGCUACAUUCCCGGCUAUUUGCGGUACAUCAUGGUUGAAGUGUUGAAGAACAGCUUCAAAGCGACGCUCGCAGGGGCCACUGCUGCGGAGAUUGCAGAGAGACCUAUUCACGUGCUGAUUUGCCGUGAUGAGUGCCACGUUGCUAUUCGCGUCAGCGACCGUGCGGGUGGCAUCCCUUCAGAUGUGGGAGAUCGUAUAUGGUCCUACUUGUAUGGAGCCGCGGCUCGUGGAGCCGACGAGGGGGCCGCCACCCCUUUGGCAGGCUAUGGAGUUGGCCUCCCGGUUUCCAGAUUGCAUGCUCGAUACUUGGGUGGUCAGCUCCAACUCACAACAUAUCCAGGAUUUGGUACUGACGUGUGUGUGCGACUUCCUCGCAUCACAAGUGAGCAGGUGGAAGAAAUUGAGAUUUAAAUAGAAUUGCAUCGCCCGUGUGGUGGCUGGAAUGCUGGGUUUGCACAUUGUACAGCCACUCUUUCAGUGCCCGGCCACUGGAUGGAGCAAAAGGAGAGCCAAUGGAGCGCUUCCAUGGCUUCAUUCGGCUCCCUAACGCUUGAGUCAAAACUCAAGCCUGUUGUGGCUUUGCGCUUGGAAAGGUGGAACAAGUCUGGCAACAGUGCAAGCACCUGGAAGUGGCACGGAACUUGUGAAA